GUCAAGGUCAGUCUUCCGAAAUUCAUCUGCCAACAAGCGCCCUUCAGAUAUUUUUGCCUGCAAUCAACCUUUCACCUGAGGAGACAUGGAGCCGACAAAUGGAAGUUCAAUUCCUGAAAUACAAAUGCAAGUUAUUGAUGUGCUGCCACAAGAUGCUGGGCCAUCAUCUUCAGAACCAAAUACAAGCCAUAUUGUGCCUCCUGGAGAAAUGGACCCUGGAAGUGGGAAUUCAAAUCAUGAAUCAACGGAAGUUCCAAUAGAUAUUAAUCAGCAGCAGCACAAUCUGGAACGAUGUGAACAAAAUAUUCAGUGGUUACCUUCACUUCAUUUGUUGACUGAUCGGAACCCACGUAAGGAAGAAUUGCGUUUGGAUCUUUUUAACGCUGCAAUAGAGGGAAAUAUUGAUGCGGUUAAAAGUCUGUUCAAUAAUCCUCUGCUCAGUGAUUCUUCAUCAAGCUCAUUAAGUGCGUCUUCUUCAUCAAGCUCCGCUUCAACACCAAGCCCAUUCAAUGUUGCAAUAACAGAGAAACACGAAACUAUUUUCCAUGUAGCAGCAGGAGCAAAUCAAACUGACUUUGUUGAGAAAAUGAUUGGUGAGAUAGCACCAGAUGACCUCAAGUUGCAAAACGUAAAAGGGAACACUGCCUUCUGUCUUGCUGUUAUGGCUGGGAACAAAUCGAUUGCUGAGAAAAUGUUGAAUAAAGACCCAGACCUGUUGACAAUCCGCGGUGGCGGUAAUUUGACUCCACUAAAUCUAGCUGCGAUGUUUGGAGAAAGGGAAAUGGCGUCAUAUUUAUACUGGGAGUACUAUAGAGGAACACUGACAUUAGCUGACAAAAAACAAUUAUUUUUUGAUAGCAUCGAUACUUCUUUGUACGAUCUUGCAAGGGAAUUGCUAGAAGAUGAAGAUGAAGAUGCUAAUGAAAAUGAAUUGGCUAUGACUGAAUACGAGCAUGGCAUGGAUCUUUUGACACCCUUGCAUCGGUUGGCUUUAACGCCCUUUCAUCUGUUGGACCAAAAUAAUAGAAGUAAAGAGUCUGUCAAAUGUCUUUGGGAGAAAAUAUUAGAGAUAACAGGCCAAACGAGCGAAAAUGACAAAACAAAUUUGUUAAAUCAAGCUCUAGCGUUAGUCAAAUGCCUUUGGGAGAAAAUAUUCAAGGCAAAGCGCGACCAAAUUUGGGAUUACUUAAAAGAGCAUCGUGAUUUAUUAUUCAAAGCAGCUCAAUUGGGGAACUUCAAAUUCUUGGGUAAACUCAUCGAACUUUAUCCUGAUUUGGUUCAUCUUAAAGAUGAUGUUGAACAGAUCAUAUUUCACAUUGCGAUUAUGCAUCGUCAUGAUGAUUUGUUUAAGUUAAUAGAUCAGAUAGGUUUCAACAAACAGUUGGUAGCAUCCUAUUCAGACAGCAACGAAAAUAGUCUAUUACAUCUAGCUGCAAAAUAUCCAGAUCCAAGACCACUGAGCACAGUGCCAGGUGCAGCUCUAGAAAUGCAGCGAGAGUUACGCAUUUUUGAGGAUGUAGAAAAGCUUGUAAUGCCUUCAUUUAGAGGAUUGAAGAAUUCAGAGGGCAAAACACCUCGAGAGCUCUUCACCAGUACACAUGCAGGUUUACAGAAAGAUGGAGAAAAGUGGAUGAGGAACACAGCUAGUCAAUGCAUGCUUGUUGCAACAAUCAUUGCUACUGUGGUUUUUUAAGCGGCUUUCACAUUACCAGGAGGUGUCAAUGAUGCAGGAGGUAACAAUAAUUUGGAAGGAACACCUACCCAUCGAGGUAAUGUUGUGUUCCGUAUUUUUGUUAUGGCAGAUAUAAUUGCAUUAUCCUCCUCUUCGAUUUCAAUCCUAAUGUUUUUGUCUAUUCUUACAUCCCGUUAUGCACAAAAUGAUUUUUUCAAAUCAUUACCGAUUAAGUUGUUGACAGGACUAUUAACGCUAUUCAUAUCUAUAGCAACCAUGAUGUUAGCCUUCAUUUCAUGCUUUUACCUGGCUUAUAAUCACUAUAAGUCGAUGUCAAUCCCUAUUUUAGGUACUAUAUUUGUAUUUCUAUCGUUAUUAGUGUUUGGUUUGUCCCAAUAUGGUCUUUUGAGAGAUAUAUUAUCCUCAUCAUUCCAUUUUUGGUUUUUUCCAAGCCAGUACAAUGUUAGGAAACAGAAAUAAAGUUGUAUAUGUCAUUUCCAACUGUCGACCUGUAAUUUCAUCUGAUGUAUUAAUGAAAUUGUACUACCCAAAAUGGAGU